CCCCGGAGGCCAUUCAUUCUUCACGCAAGAGCUUCUGCUAGCUAGCCAUUUCGACCAUGUGUCCAUGCCGUACUUGCCUAGCGUUGUGCUUGUGCAUGGCCACGAUCCUCCUCUUAGGGCCAUGCCAAUGGGUAGGCACCGCCGCCGCAACGACAACAGCCAGCCAGGCGGUGACUGUGACAGAUACUGCCAGCAGUAGUGACCGAGAGGCGCUGCUGUGCAUCAAGUCCUACCUGUCGCAUCGCAACGGCAGCGGCGGCGCCCUGGCUACAUGGGGCAGCAACAACGGCUCGCUGGACGUCUGCCGGUGGCAGGGCGUGCGGUGCAAGCGGCGGCAAGACAGCGGCGGCGGCGGCGGCGCUCUCCGAGUCGUCACAGGCCUAUCCCUCGAAGGAGAAGGCGUGGCCGGCCAGAUCCCGCCGUGUAUCUCCAACCUCACCUACCUCACUCGGAUCCACCUGCCAUUCAACUCGCUCGGCGGCGCGCUACCUCCGGAGAUAGGCCGGCUCCGGAGGCUCCGGUACGUCAACCUCAGCUCCAACGCCCUCACCGGCGCGAUCCCGACCGAGCUCGCCUCGUGCUCGGCCCUCCGCGUCGUGUCUCUCAAGAAAAACAACCUCAGCGGAGGCAUCCCUGCUGCUCUCUUCAAAAACUGCUAUUCGAUCCAGAAGGUCGAUCUCCGCAUGAACAACCUCGACGGCCCGAUCCCUGAUCUGCUGCCGUACCAUAGCUCUACUGAUACUAGUAGUAGUCUGCAACUACUUGGCCUCACCCAGAACAACCUCUCCGGCGAGAUACCGUCUUCCGUUGGCAACCUCUCCUCGCUUGUUUACUUCCUGGCUGCUCAGAACCUUCUGACCGGCAGCAUCCCAGGUAGCCUGGCAUCGUUAGCGAGCAUCCAAGUCAUUGAUCUCACCUACAACAAUCUGUCAGGCACCGUGCCCAGCUCCAUCUUCAACCUCUCCUCGCUUAUAUACCUGGGCUUGGGAGACAACGGUUUUGUAGGGGAGCUGCCGGCGACGAUGGGCAACCGUCUCCCAAACAUCCAGGGUCUUAUACUGUCGGCGAAUAAUUUCUACGGAGAGAUCCCCAAAUCGAUAGCAAAUGCCACCAACCUUGUGGACAUAUACAUGCAGGAGAACUCGCUCGGCGGAGUCAUCCCCUCCCUGGGAACCCUACGAAGCCUGCAGACCUUGUUCCUGUACAACAACAAGAAGCUGGAAGCCGGGGACGACUGGGCGUUCCUCUCCUCCCUAGCGAACUGCCCGCAGCUGGGUUUCUUGGUCUUGGACAGGAACAGGCUGCAGGGACCUCUUCCCAGCUCAGUGGCCAACCUGUCACAAAACCUGAAAGAGUUUGUCCUUGGCUCAAACCUCAUCACAGGUGCCAUCCCAUCUGGGAUCGGCGACCUGGCUAACCUUUCCGUCCUCUACCUAGACAACAACAUGCUAUCUGGGCACAUACCUGCUUCCAUUGGGAAGCUUCGCAGUAUGUUUGCUCUCAACUUGUCCAAGAACCGGCUGUCCGGAGAAAUCCCAGCAUCCAUAGGCGACAACUGGGCUCAGUUGACCGAGCUUUACCUGCAAGAGAACAGCCUCAGUGGAGCCAUACCAGCAGGGCUAGCUGGAUGCAGAAACCUGCUGGCACUGAACCUCUCGUCCAACGCCUUUUCUGGACCUAUACCGGAAGGCCUCUUCGGUAGACUGGACCAGCUGAACUGGUACCUUGACCUGUCCAAGAACCAGCUCGCAGGCUCCAUCCCAGACGAAUUCAGCAACAUGAUCAACCUCGAAUCCCUCAACAUCUCCAGCAACAGCAUCUCUGGUAAAAUCCCCUCCACUCUCGGCUCGUGCGUGCUCUUGCAGGCUCUUCGCCUGGAAGCCAACUCCCUGGACGGUCAAAUCCCGUCGUCUCUUGCCACCUUGAAAGGAAUCAAGGAGCUCGACUUCUCUCGCAACAACUUGUCUGGUAAAAUUCCAGAGUUUCUGGAACAGUUCGAUAGCUUGCAGUACCUGAAUUUAUCCUUCAACAAUCUUGACGGCCCUAUUCCUACGCAAGGCGUCGUCUUUGGCAAUGCCACAAGCAGGCUUUUCCUCCAGGGGAACCCGAAACUGUGUGCAGAAACUAUAGCAGUGCUAGGCCUCCCACUCUGCAGGGCUCAAAACCCGUCUGCAAGGAACCGAUUCCUGGUUCGGUUCUUGGCUGUUCUGUUGCCUUGCGUAGUUGUGGUUUCCCUUCUGUCUGUCCUGUUCUUGAAGAGGUGGAGCAGAAAGCCGCGUCCCUUCCACGAAUCCUCCGAAGAGUCAUUCAAGAUGGUAACCUACAGUGACCUAAGCAUGGCAACCAACGGAUUUUCACCUGGCAGCCUGAUUGGUUCGGGGCAGUCUAGCUCAGUCUACAGAGGUUCGUUACCGUCGAAAACUGAUGACGUCCAUACGAUGAUUGCCGUCAAGGUAUUCAAGCUCGGUCAGUCCAGUUCGUCGAAAAGCUUUCUAGCCGAGUGCAGAGCGCUAAGAAACACCCGCCACCGCAAUCUAGUGAAGGUGAUCACCGCGUGCUCGACGUGCGAUCCUUUCGGUAACGAGUUCAAGGCUCUGGUUCUAGAAUAUGUGCCGAAUGGCACCCUUGCUGACCACCUCCACGCCAAGUACCCCGGCUAUGGUGAUGGUGCUCGUCUAAGUUUAGGCGACAGGAUUGGCAUAGCGGCUGAUGUCGCUUCUGUUCUAGAGUACCUUCAUGUCUGGAGUGCGCCUCCCAUGGCUCACUGCGACAUCAAACCAAGCAAUAUUCUCUUGGAUGAUGACAACGUUGCCCAUGUCGGAGACUUUGGGCUGGCGCGGUUCCUCCAACAUGCUUCUUCUGCUUGUGCUGGGGGCCAUCGCAACGCAACAAGCUCUGUUGGAGCAGCAGGAUCCGUGGGCUACAUACCUCCAGAGUAUGGAAUGGGAAGCAGAAUAUCAACUGAGGGGGACGUAUACAGCUACGGCAUUGUUCUCCUGGAAAUGCUCACCGGCAAAAGCCCUACCGAUGAAUCGUUUCACGAUGGCUUCACCCUACACAAAUACGUCGAGGAAGCACUGCCACGGAUCGGCGAGGUUCUGGACGCUGAUCUCAGUGAAGAGGUCGCAGAUCUUACCAGUCGUACUCGAUCGUCGCAGGAACGACGAGCCAGCAACACUGAGGUGCACAAGUGCAUUUUUCAGCUGCUAAACCUUGGAUUACUGUGCUCCCAAGAAGCGCCAAAGGAUCGACCAAGCAUACAGUAUGUAUACGCUGAGAUAGUUCAAGUCAAGGAACACUUCGGUUCCUGUAGUGUAAAGGAAACGUGACAGAUUUUAGGUUCCCUUUGGAAAAGCAAUGGAUUAGAGCUGACUAUGAAUUACAAUCCUACAUGAAUUGAGAAUGCAGGAAAAAAUUCCCACCUAGCCUUUAGCCUUUGGAUGGUGUGCAGGAAUUUGAAUAAAGAGAUAAAAAGUUAUAGGAAA